CCCUGUACUAAUCCUAAUCUCUCUCUCUCUCUCUAAAGGAAAGUAAUACCUUCUCUUUCUCACUUUACUGAGCCAAACCCAAGAGCCAAACCAAGCUGAUUGACCCGAUGGAUGUCAAUUACACAUCGCCGGCGGCCGGAGGAGGCACCUGCCACAGCAACAGCCAGAGGAGCUCGUCGUCCUCUUCCUCCGGCGGCCAAUUCAGCGCCGAGGAGGAGAUGAGCGACCUCCGGCGUGGACCGUGGACGGUGGAGGAAGACUUCAAGCUCAUCGAUUACGUUGCAGCCCAUGGCGAAGGCCGCUGGAACUCCCUCGCUCGCUGCGCCGGUCUGAAAAGAACAGGGAAAAGCUGCAGAUUAAGGUGGCUGAACUAUCUCCGGCCCGACGUCCGACGUGGCAACAUCACCCUCGAGGAACAGCUCAUGAUCCUCGAGCUCCAUUCCCGCUGGGGAAACCGGUGGUCGAAGAUCGCACAACACUUGCCUGGGAGGACGGAUAACGAGAUCAAGAACUACUGGAGGACGCGCGUGCAGAAGCACGCCAACCAACUCAAGUGCGAUGUCAACAGUAAGCAGUUCAAGGACACCAUGCGGUACCUGUGGAUUCCGAGGCUAGUCGAACGGAUCCAAGCCACUGGCGCCUCCGCCGCCCCUAUGAUCGAUUCCGCCACGACCCACGUGGCAGCAGCGGCGACAGACUACACUGCUACCGAGAAUUCGAGCAUGGCUGCGUCAUCGACAGACUCCUUUGGGACCCAGGUCUCGCCGAUAUCGGACAUGACAACAGACAACUACAAUAUUGUCCCAGAUGGUCAGAGUUCCGACUUGAACUCGUCUGAUUAUAUGAGCAACUUUCAAGGGUACACGGAGCAGUUGAUAAGUCCUUCGAUAAAUUAUUACAACCCUGUAUGGGAUCAACAAUUCCAAGACGCGCAACAACAUCAGAAUAACAACGAUGUUUACGACAGUACUAAUUCGGUACAGUGGAUGGUCGGAGGAAACACGUCGGACAAUUUGUGGGAUACCGAGGAUAAUUGGUUCCUCCAGCAACAAUUCAGCAACAACAUCAUGUAACAGGGCAUACGGAAAAUACAUGGUGAGGUGUACACAUAGAUACUGCUUUGGAUAUUACACAGAAAGUAGUAUAACUAUAGGAACAGGUAAAGGUGGAAAAAGGGGACGAUAGAACAAAAGGACUCAUAGUAUAAUUCUCAAAAUACAAGGAUAUCAGAGUAUAGGAUUUGUGAUUACUUUAGAGAUAAGGAGAUGUCUCUAAUUGUGGAUUAUUUGUAUUUUUCUUUACUUUUUUGUUUUUCCAACAAAAUUGUCUUGAUUUAUUUGUUGGUCUUUUAAUUAUUUUGCUUUCUUACCCAAUGGAUUUAGAGAGGAAAGGAUGGGAAGGGAAUUUUAGUUUUAUAGGUUUCCUCAAUCUCAUUCUCUCUUCUACACAUGAAAUAUUGUAGCUCCUUCUUAUUUUUGCCAUGUAAUAUUACUAAUACAUAAAAGAUCAUCUU